AUGUCACAAAGCACCGCUAUAACAUCUUCUGCAACAUGCGACAGUUCACAUAGUUCUGAUGAGAUCCCACUCAAAGAUCGUGUUGCCCAGAUUGCUAAAGGGAAGAAAGUAGCGUCAGAAAAGAAGGCCCAGUCAAGGAAGAAAACCCAGAAGAAGGAGAAGGUUAGCAAAAGAAAGUCUUUCUCUGAUCCCGGAGUAGAAGCUUCCCCUAGGCACAAGAGAAAGUGUACUGAAGCUACAAAACAGGGGGAGAAACCAUCAGCAAGCUCUAAGAAAGAAAAGAAGAAGAAAGCAACCCAACCGGCAAAAGACAGUGAUGAAGACAGAUUUUAUGACAAAGCAUCCAAGAAGAAGUUUGAAUCUGUUGAAGGGAGAGGAGUUGUGGUUGAAAGGAUGAUUGAUGAAGGAGCUUUUGAGAAGUAUGGCUUGACUGAGCUGCUACAACAAAGAAGUUUAUACAAGUCUGCGACAUUUCCAGAAAGCUACAGUUUGUCAUUGGUCCAAGAGUUUUACAGUAAUUUACUUCCAUCUGACAAAGGCAUUACUAGAGUCUAUGUUCGAGGUAAGUGGAUCCCUUUUACUCCUACUUGUCUGAAUAAAUUCUUGGAGUUUAAACCAGAGGUGAAGGGAAACUAUGAAGAAGGGCUUGAGUUGAAUGAAGAAGCUCUGAAAGAGAUCACUGGAGGAAGAACGGAGUCAUGGGGAGUAGAAACAAGACUCCCAGCAUCCACCCUUACGGCCAAGUACAAUGUUCUGUAUAGACUUGGCAUUCAGAAUUGGUUACCAGCCUCGCACAAUUCUAGCAUAGUAAAGGAGCUUGCUCUAUUAUUGUUUGCUGUUGGUACUGGCAAGAAGUUCAAUCUGGGAAGGCUGAUCUUCCAAAAUAUUGUGAAAGAAGCUGACUGCACAAGCUCCUCAACAUCACUUGGAUAUCCUGCACUGCUGUCGCAGUAUUUGUUACAACAUGGAGUACAACUCAGGAAGGGAGAAGCAGUCACAGCAGUGAAGAAGCUGAAGAUUUCUCAGAAACUGUUCAGCCUAGGUAAGAAGAUUGAUUUACCUGUAGGAAGGGUGUCUCCACCACCAAUGCCUGAAUAUGAAGAAGAGGCAAAUCUAUUGGUAGAAGAAGAAUAUGAGAAGAUGUUGAAAGAGCAACUAGAAGAUGUGGAGAGGAGGCAACGAGCAUUAUCUGCAGAAUUGUUCAUCAUUGCCAAACAAAAGCAGAAGAUUAUAUCUCGCCUGGAAAUUCUUGAGAAGAAGAAGAAAAGAGAAGAUGAUGACCACGACUCAGGGGGAGAUGAAGACCAGGAAACCUGA